CCUGAUUAGCACUUCCGGUUAUUCUACAAACGAGGGAAAAGUUGAAAACUUCUACCGAUGUCUUCUAAAAGACAACAAUCACCUUCUAAAAUAUCGGAUAGUUGGAUACAGGAGAACAACGAAUUAGUAAACAAAUGGAAGCUACAAAACAAAGAUGCCUUGAGUGGAGACCAGAAGCAUACCAGAUUGUUGCUGUCCGAGUUUCACAAACUUAUAAGAAAAAUACAAGGUCUUCCUCCUCUUGAAGAUCACUCACAACUCGAGUUAUGUGUAGCGUACAAUGUGUGCUUGUUGUCCAUGGUGCUUUCUCAGGUGUCAGAGGCCAAUAUGCUCCUCACACAAUCUAUGAAUAGAGUUCUCCAGAUGACAGGAGUUGAUGCAUUGGCUGUCCACUCAUCUAUGUUUUGGCGUACAGUUCUUCAGUCAGUGGAAAGCAGUGGAGCAGUAAAAUCCUGUGUAGCGAACCUUUUCUGUGUGCAGUGGGCUAUAUGGCUGGCGAACUGUUGUGUUGAAAAAAUAGAAGAGUUUCAGGAGGAGUUUUCUUCUCUGUCUGCUGGAGUUAAGCAAGACAUGCCAAGUGAAGUGGGGCAAACAUAUUCAAACACUCCUCUUUUGGUGAUGGAACCUAGACGCUUUGUUGAAUUAUUGCAGAUGUGCACUUUGAUCACGCAAGGCGCAGAAAGGCUGAAUGAGGGUCAAAACUCAAAGGCAAUAACUGAUCUGCAGGCUGCUUCCUCGCUGCCCGCCCCCAGAACUCUAGUGGCAUACACACACCUCCUCUCUGGCUCCUGUCUAGCCCGCACGGGUCGCCCUCAGAUGGCACUACAGUGUUACAGGACAGCACUAGAGACAGACUCCCAAUGUGUUGGUGCUCUAUAUCAGAGUGCACUCAUCUUCAGACGCCUGGGCAACGCACAGGCAGAGAUACAAGCCCUUCGUUUGCUUUACUCGACACUUAUGUUACCCUCCAAACCAGUUAUGAUGAGCGAUGAUGUCCUCCCCUCUUCCUUACUGCUACGGGGCCAAACUCUGAGCGGCCUGCUCUCUGUUCCCUCUGCUCUUUGUGUCCUUCACAGUUUGGCCCAGAAGUGUGUGCUGCAAUCAAGAAUGUCAGAAGGUGUAGAAAAUUAUCUGGGCCUGUUGGCUGCUCUUCACUCAGAACAUCACAGAGUGUGCUCUGAGGACUCUCACCUUCCCAGGCUACCUGAACUGUAUCUGGAGGCCGGUGCCGCCCUGCUCAUGGCCCAGCGGCCCUUGGAUUGCCUGACGUUAUGUGAUGAAGUCAUCACCACAACACUGGAUCUGCUGCCAGAGAAGGUGGUGAUGGAGGAACCCGAAUCUGCAGAUGUGUGCACUGGAGGUGAGGAUAAGGUGGCGAUGCUACUUUGGACAGGCGCCGCUUACCUCCUCCAGGGUCAUUGUCACUGUCACCUGCAGGACUGGAAACAAGCUGUGAUUCACUACACAAGGUGUAUCAACCUGCUGGUGAAGGUGCACUUUAAAGAGAAAGGUGGCCAACCUCAAGUCCCCACCGCAGACAUGGUUGAUGAACAAAGAGCAGAUCUUGGGGUCCUGCAGAGGUUGAAAGGGCUCUCGCUAGCUUGGCGGGGCAUUAGCUUCAUGCAGUCAGACGAGCUCAGAAACGCACUGAGAGACCUCCACCUCGGACUACAGGCCUUCCCAGAGUGUGUGGGUGCAGGGCUGUGGUGUGGGGAGGUGCUGUGGAAGCUUGGCAGGAGAAAAGAAGCAGCUUCCUGUUGGGAGAAGACCUGGAGCAUCACCACACACUCGGCAGAGAGCAUUCCUGUAUACUUGAGGGAGCCUCAGUCUGGACCCAUGUUGGACUCUGCAGAGCUUCGCCUCAGAAUAUCCAAACUUGAUCCCACCUAGUCUACCUUGAACGGAGCAAAAGAACCGCCUUGCAGGUUUUGUGCUGGCAAACCGUUCCAGUGUUUUGUGGAAUAGACGUCAACAGACAAGAGAAUGUUGUACGUGCUCGUAAAAUUUAUGUAAAGUUGUUUUAAUGUGAAUAUGUUGAUUUCCAAUAUAUAUUUACGAACGAACCUUAUGUAAUUGUAUAGCCUUACAACAUAUACAACUGAUACCCCAUGGGCCAAAUCCAGCCCUUAAAUGAUAUCAGACCAGUCUGCAUGUUCAGUUUAAAUAUUGGGAGAGCAAGGUUUUGCAGCAGAUUCUUAAAAACAGCAGAAAACUCUGUUAUAUACGUAGAAGAUCUUUGACUAGCAGUAGAUUCCUUAAACAAGCACAGCACUCUGAUUCUAUAGAGGAUCUUUGACAAGUGUUUUUUCAUUAGAUUCCGUUUGUGCUUCUUUGUCUUAAUUUAUGCAUUUGUUACUUUAUUCCUGACUACCAUUUGGUGAAGUAAACAUUUUAAGAUUAUAUGGCAAAGUCUUGCAUUGAUAUACACAAAAUAAAUUACAGCAUAUUAGGCAAAUCCCUAUAUAUUUAUAUAUUAUGCAUGUUAUUGGCCAGCAUAAGUAUAGGGCUGUUUUAUUCAAUUUGUGAAAGUGCUAUUAACGAACAGAAGAUCAAAUAACACACAUGUAACAGUAUUAAUUAAUGCCCCUUGCAUUGUUAAAAUGUUGCAAUGCCUGUUGCCUCUCUGCAUUUACACAAUUGGAUUAGCAAAAUAAAUA